CUUUUUGUAAUGGUCGUUGCAAUAACGUACAAGUCCCGCUGCCGGAAUUGCUGGGAACGAGGAACACGUUUUUUUUUUACUCUCAAAUGCGUGCGUUCAUAUGCCCAAUAUACAUAUAAAUAAAUAAAGAGGAAAAAGAAAAAAACAGUACUCCACAGAUUAAAUUUAGCAAGUGGGCAAAGAAUCGACGAACGCCAUAUCUUCUUCCUCGUGCUUCUAUUGUUCAGUCAUGCCCUUCGCCUGUUGCUGAGAUUCCAACGGAAGAUAUGGGUUCACCGGAUUCCGGCAGAUUCUCCGGCCAGAGGUCCAAUUUCUCACACACUUGUGCCCUCUUCAGCCAAUACCUCAAGCAAAACGGCUCUUUCGCCGCCGCCGCCGCCGCCGCCGCAGAUCUCACGCUAGGAACGCCCGCAACAAUGAAUCUGAUUCCAAUGAUUGAGAAAUCCGCCCCAAAUUCGAAUCUCGUCCCCUUGAACUUGUUCCCUGCCAAAAAGAUCGACCCGAGGUUUGUUUCUGCUUGCUAAGUAUCAGUAUUCUUUUGCUGGAGAUAUUGUCAUAGCUUUCCAUAUUAUAUUAUACGUUUCCAUAUUAUGUUUAUUACCAUAUUAUGUAUUCCUACUUUAGUUAGGAAUCUCAUGUAUAUAUACUUAUGGAAGUCUUGUUAUUAGGCGAGACCAAUUAUUAUCAAAUUGUGUGUUUAUUAACAUUAACAAAGUAAUGAGUUUAAACUGUUGUUUGGGCAUGUAAUGUGAACUUUUGGACGAAAACCAACACGUGAGAAUAUGGGUCACCCACAAAAUUUGUUUUUGGGAAGACUAUUAGGUACUAUAUUGUACUAUUAUGAAAUGCUUGGGAAAAUCAAUUUGUAUCUAACUAAGAUAAUGUGAAACAAACAUGUGGAAUGUUGGCAUGUCUUUACGGCCAACCAAACGUGCCCUUACGUGUUCCCGAGCUUAUUUGAAACUGCAUCAGGUUAAUCAUAGUUUUGUUGUGUGUGUGAGAGUGUGGGAGAGGCACAUGGAGAAAGGGUUGUUAAAGAAAUGAAGAUACUCUAUGAUGGUCAAGUGAUGGUGUUCAAAGAUUUUCCAGCUGAGAAAGCUAAGGAAAUUAUUACUUUGGCUAUGAACACCCAAACCCCAAACAUCUCACUUUGUACUGAUGAUGCCGGUCCUGUUUCUGGUUUCCAAAACCAGACACCUUAUUCUCAUUUGCCCAUUGCUAGGAGAACUUCCCUUGCCAGGUUCUUGGAGAAGAGAAAGAACAGGAUUACUUCCAAAGCACCAUACCAGAAAGACAACUCUGUGAGAACUUAUUCAAAGCAAGAAGAGAACAAGGCAUGGCUGGGGCUGGCUGCCCAGUUUCCACUCAAAAACUGAAGCCCUGCUCUGGUGUUUUUUUUUGUUUCAUCAUUGAUGUCAAUGCCCUAAGAGCUAAGAUUUUGAAUAUUUAGGGCAUUUCAAUUGUUUAAUGAAACUAUCAUUUUUUUAUAUAUGAAAAAUGUUAUGGUGUUUAGUUGUGCUUAUUUUAUACGGAGUAUGAUCAUUUAAUUGUCCAAAAUUUGAAUGUUUAACCAAUUCAAAGCCCUAAGAGUACUUCCAUUAAUAAUAUGGAUGAAUGCGU